AUGGUGGCAACCGGAGAGCCACCGCCGCCGCUCCGCUUCUUCCCUCCCGCACUGACGCGGCCCCGGAGGCGAGGCGGGGGCUCACCGCAUCCGGACGGAGCGGCCGGGCGUGCGGGUAUCCCCCGCCUCCUGCUGCCUCGCUCCUUUGUGGAGGGGCUUCUCUCGGCGGCGGGAAGCAGCGCGCGGAGGUCGGCGCGGCCCCAGGGCUGGGAGCCGGCGGCAGCGGAGGGCUCUGCCCGGCUCUGGGGAAGGGGCAGGGGCCGGGGGUGGGCGUUCGCUGGCCGGGGCGGGGUGGGCAGAGGGAACGCGGGUGGGGAGGCGGGGGCCGCGGGUGGGGAGGCGGGGGGCGCGGGUGGGCGUGCGAAGGAGGGCGGGAGCUGUGCGAGGUGUGAACGGGAGAGGAGCGGGGGCGGCGGCGGGCUUUUCUCAGGCGCCGUGCCGGGGAUCCCCGGGCGGGCAGUUUGCUGGGAUUUUGGAGGCUCCGAGGGCAGGCUGUGCUUGAGGGGAACUUGGCGGGAGGGGCGGGGGGCUGUGCGGACAGCAGCAGCCCGGCGUGGGCCGCUUGUUGCGAGCGCCCGGGGAAAGUUGAAGGGACUGUGGCGGGCGAGACGGGGAGCGGCGGCUGCCGAGCGGCGGGGGGGGCCCGGAGCAGCCCGCCCUGUGGCGGCCGGGGCAGCCCGGCGGCGGGCGGGGGCCAUUGUUCGCCGUCCGAGCUGUGCCGGGAUUGGAGCGAGCUCCGGAGGAGCAGCCGGGAGCCCGAUCCUCAGGGAGUCCCGCUGGCAGUGCGCCCUCCCAGCGGGUGCCCGGCGCUACCCGUGGUGCUAG